UGAUGCAUGUUUCUGGAUAUGGUUGUGACCGUUGACGUGAAUCGCUGGAUACUGUCAAGACUAAGAUGCUUGUGUAUUUUCUCCGUGUGGAAGCUGUGUGCGCUUCUGUUUGCUCUCUCGUUUCCGUUGCUCCGCUGCCGUUCGGCCAUCUGCGUCCUUCAACGUCACUGCCCUCCCCUCUGCACGAGGCUUGUCGUCUUCCACGUGUCAGCAGCUAUUGUGCACGCCUGGUUCUUCUUGUUCUGUGCAUGGGGUUUGUCGUCUUCCACGUGGCAGCAGCUAUUGUGCACCCCUGGUUCUUCUUGUUGUCUUAAGUCUCAGCCGCAACGUCACUGCCCCCCUCUGCAUGAGGUUUGUCGUCUUCCACGUGGCAGCAGCUAUUGUGCACGCCUGGUUCUUCUUGUUCUCUGCAUGAGGUUUGUCGUCUUCCACGUGGCAGCAGUUAUUGUGCACUCCUGGUCCUUGAUGUCUCAAGUUUCAGCCCCAACGUCACUGCCCCCCUCUGCAUGAGGUUCGUCGCCUCUCUAACGUAGCAGCAGCUGUGCUGCACGUGCACGCCUGAUUCGUCUUGUUCUGUUAGUGCGAGCCGUUUGCUGUGUACUCGAGCCUCGCUCUCGUCUCUACCACGUGGCAGAACUGUCUGCUAUAGUCGCCGUCGUUCUCCUACGGGGCAUUGUUCGCCCAUGUGGCAGCAGCAUGCUUGGGCUCGUUUCGUCCUUGUGUACUCUGCUGUGCGCUUGAAGUCCGUCGCCCUUCCUUCCACGUGGUAGCUGUGUGAUUUAGUCGUCGCGACCGUCUUCUUGCGUCGCAGGAUAUAGUUCGCCCACGUGGCAGCAGCAUGCAUUGGGCUCGAUUCGUCUUCCCACAGGCUCUGCCAUGGCCUCUAUGUCCGUCGUCCUUCGACGUGGUAGCUCUGUGAUGUAGUCGUGACCGUCUUCCUGCGUGGCAGCAUACCUUUCGCCCACAGGGCAGUAGCAUUCGUGGGCUUCUUCCACGUGGCAGCUGUGCUGAUGAGCGCUUGAGCUCUUCGCUGUUUUAGUUGGCUGGCAGGUGGUUGCUGUGCUGCGAGUCCCUCUCACGUGUCUCUACACGGCAAGUUCUCUCUCUUAUCGCUCCCCUCGUCGACGCGCCUGCUGUGUGGUCGACUGGCCUCUUUCUCCUCCAACGUCUCAGGUAUGACGGACUUGAGCGGGUCAGCAAUAUCCACGUGGCAGCUUCUUUGCCAUAGUUUCGGUCGCCCGCCUUCCACGUGGCAGUUGUGCGUUCGAGCUUUCGUCGCCCUUCCACGUGGUCGCUGUGCCUCGGUCCACGUCGGUCGUCGACGUGGCAGCAUUAGGCCGCCUGAGUUUCGUAGUUGCUCCACGUGGCAGUUGUUCGUCCGCCUGGCAGCUGUAUGUCCGAGGUACCGUCUGGUACUGUCUUGGGAAGAUACCGUCUUGUUCUUCCACGUGGCAGCUGUGUGUGCUCGAGUUCCUCUGCCGUUGCCCGGAGUUUUGAUAUAGGCGUUGCCGCUCCAUUUCCCGUCCUUCUUGUCUGACGGAUGGGGUUGGCGUUGCCUCUGUUCGGGGGGGAGGCGGGGGAGGCCGCGCGGAGGAGAGAAGAGAGGAGGGGGAAGGAGAGGAGAAGGGACAGGGGGAAGUGUACUGCUGACGAGUCUUACGGUGGCUUGAGCAAUGGCUACGAACAGCUUUGGGUUCGUUUUUGGAGAGAGAGAGAGGGAGGGGUUGGGAAGGGAGAGGGAGGGAGGGGCUUUUGGCUUUGUUUGCCGUCCGAAAGGGGGGGGGGAGCGGGAGGGGGGGGAGGCGGGUGGUUUCGGUCUUUGCUUGGCCUUUACUGGGGGCCCUUUAGCGGGGUCUUAGGUAAUUGGUUUUGACCUUCGCGCUCUUCUUUUUUCAGAUUCCAUUCUCCCUUUUCACCCCUUAAUUAGAUCAGUUGAAGUGAAAGGGGGGUAGCCCUUAGGAUUGCUGUCGGUUCGGUCUUUGCUGGGUCAAAAGGAGGGUAGCCCCUAGCAUUGGGGGCCCUUAAUUAGGUAGCCCUUUAGGAGGGUAGCCCUUAUUGGGGGCCUUUAACGGGGUCUUAGGUGAUUGGUUUUGACCUCCGCUCUCUUUUUUUUAAGAUCUCUUUCUCCCUUUUUCACCCCUUAAAUAGAGCAGGAGAACAGUUGAAGAGAAAGGAGGAGGGUAGCCGUUAGGAUUGUUGAAUCCCACAGGAUUUGAAUCUUUUUGGUAUUUCUUACUUCAAGAGGUAUGUAUCAUUACGCCACCGCGAAGGUGUACACUUAAUACUCAUGUUUUUGAGUAUUCUUUUUUUUUUUUUUUUCCUUUCUGUUCUUGGAACUUGGCUUCUGCUUGUCUGGACGGUCGCACAGCCUUCUUUUGGGUUCCCUCUUUUGGUUAUGUUGUGUAUGAUGGGUAUGAUGAUGCUUAAGCUGGUGAGAGCUAUGGCCAUGGCCGUUUUAGUGGCGUGACUUUUGGACUUGUAUGGCUGGUUCGUGUUGGUCAAGCUUUGGCUAUGGUUUGUUCGUCGUGCUGAGUAUUGGCUAUGGCCGGUUGCUGAAUGACUGUUUUGACGUUCAUUCUCGUGGCUUUUGGCCUUGAAUGGGUGGGUGGGGGGAGUUCAUCCUCCUGGCUUUCAGCUUUGUAUUGGUGGGGUUCGUUCUCGAGAUUUUGGCCUUGUAUGGGUCGCGUUGACUCACGUGAAGUUUGGCCUUGUAUGCGGCUGGUUCUUGUUCGUCAGACUUGGGCUAUGGCUUGUUCCUGUUGAGUUUUGGCUAUGGCUUGUUAGUGAUCAUCAGUUUUUUACGUUCAAUCUUCUCUCUUGGCCUUGUACGGGUGGUGUUCGUUCUCGUGACGUUUGGCCUUGAAUGGGUUUGUGUGGGUUGGUUGUUAUGUCUUUUGACCCUUGUACGGGUGGGGUUCGAUCGUGUGGCUUUUGGCGGCCAUGUAUGGGUGGGGUCGUCGUCAGCUGUGACUUUCAGGCUACUUGACUUUUGGCCUUGAAUGCGUGGGGGGGGGUUCAUCCUCCUGGCUUUCAGCCUUGUAUCGGUGGGGGGUUCGUUCUCGUGACCUCGCCCUUGUAUUAUGGUUCGUUUACUCGCGUGAAGGCUGGUCUUGUAUGCGGUUGGUUUUGAUGGUCAGACUUGGGCUAUGGCGUCUUCGUCUUGCUGAGUUUUGGCUAUAUGGCUAUGGCGUCUUCGUCUUGCUGAGUUUUGGCUAUAUGGCUAUGGCGUCUUCGUCUUGCUGAGUUUUGGCUAUAUGACUGGCCUUGUAUGCGGCUGGUUCAUGUUUGUUAGACUUGGGGUAUGGCGUGUUCGUCUUGCUGAGUUUUGGCUAAACGACUGGUUGAUGGGCGUCAGCUUCGAGGUCGUUGGUGUCACUGUUGGCCUUUUCAGGCUGAUUCAAUCUCUCGGAAAUUUUGGCCUUGUAUGGCUUGUUCAAGCCAUGGUGAUCAGCUUUGGUUAUGGCUUGUUCGCCCUGCUGAGCUUGGAUAUGGCGGGUUGAUGAUGGUCAGCUUUGACUAUGUGCGGCCUGUUCCGUUCUAUAAGCCAAGCAGCCGUGGUUCGAGUCGGUACUGCGGCUGCUGGGGAGGAUGGAACGGUUUUUUUUUUUUUUUUUAAGAGUGUAUACGUCUACUUCAAAAAUAUUUCGAGGCCGGGGUCCUCACAGUCUACCCGGAAGAAAAAACUGCUGGGAGUCGGGGAUUAAAAUUCAUUUUUGGCAAAUUCAUAUUUGUCGUAAUCUCGCUUCCGAUUAAAGAGCUUUUUACCAGAGGUAUAAACCACCACCGUC